ACCCGAUGCCACCAUAAAACCCAGUCCAUGGUAUCCCUGGGCUGUCAGAGACAGUUUAGAUCGUGAGGUGGUAUGCAUUUUGGCUACAUUUAGUGCACAAUUUUUUUUAGCAUUACCACCACCGCCAUCAUCAGCACUGAUACCACAAAAAUCAGAUAUUAUCACCACUAGCUAUAUCAUCAAUCCGUUUAACAUGGAAACAGGUGAUCAAUCUGAUUGUGGACAACAAAAACAGAUAUUACAUUUGGUGUUUGACGACAGCGACAAAACUAGACUACAAUUAUGGUUUACGUUUGAACGGGACCAACAUUUAAUCAAAGUUACUAAUAUAACGCUUCAAUAUCGGCAUACAGUGUUCACCAAUACAUCCAAUCAGUUUGAAACACCUGUCAAGUAUGGCUACAAGUGUUUCGCUCAGGAACGUAUAGAUUUUGAUGGUAACACCAAUAGUUUUAUGAAUAUCUCGAACGUACGGUUGGAAGCAUUUAGGACGACCAACUAUUUUGUCAAUAUAUCCGACUCAGAUCAAUGGGAACGGGAGGGACUCAAGUGCGAUGAUGACCGCAUCGGUUCCGAUGCUUAUAUGAUUACCGGUAUUAGUGUGGGAUGUGGUGUAGCUAUGCUUACGGUGAUUACAUUGGUUGCCAUUUGGUCCGGUAGGCAACAGGAGAGACGUAUGUUGAAGAUUAAAAUGAUGAGACAACGACAGGAUUUUUCGGGUAAUUAA